AGCAUGUUAACAGACCAGAUGGAGGAUGAGGGAGAGAAGAUUAGAGAUUUGGAGUUUUGUCUUGAAGAGCACAGAGAGAAGUUGAAUGCCACAGAAGAAAUGCUGCAGCAGAAUUUUAGAUUAUUUGGAUAUUAAUAUCCAAUAAAAUAUUGGCAUGGGGAAGAAGUAUGGGCAUUUCCAAAGGACUGAGCACUGGAAGAUUCAGGACUUGGCUUGUCCCCGGCCUUGCUAAUGGGAGAUGGUCAGCAUCAUUCAACAGUGCCCCCUUCUGGGACUGAUUCGGGAGAUCAAUGAUUUGAGAUUAAAAGUUAGUGAAAUGGGCAGUGAGAGACUUCAGUAUGAAAAAAAGCAUAAAUCAACCAAAUCUUUAAUGGCCAAACUUUCUAGCAUGAAAAUCAAGGUGGGUCAGAUGCAGUAUGAAAAGCAGCGGAUGGAACAAAAAUGGGAGUCACUGAAGGAUGAACUGGCAUCUUUAAAAGAACAACUAGAAGAAAAGGAAUCUGAAGUAAAAAGGCUACAAGAAAAAUUGGUUUGCAAGAUGAAAGGAGAAGGGAUUGAAAUUGUUGAUAGAGCAAGGAUUGUCUUCAAUCUGGAAAUGACAGAACAAUCAGCCUUUAAAAUAAGGAAGAGCAAUUCAAUGAAUAGAAGAACAUCCAUUCUUAUAUUGAUGUCUUGCGGCAGAAUGUGA